UUGUAUCAAAGGUAAAAAAACAAAGAAACCCAAGAAUCUAUAUUGGACACCAAGGGCAAAAAAGGAGGAAAAAUGGCAUAUAAUAAUAAGUUGUGCAUUGCUUUGUUUCUGGUGGCGGUUGCAGUCUCUCCUGCAAGCGCCGCCAGACAAGCGCCAUUCGGCGACCAGAAGAACGUCGUCUCGUACGGUGGAAUCGGUAGCAUGAGCGGAAUCGGAAGAGGCGGGCUCCCCUUUGGCGGCAUUGUCGGCGGAGGGGGCUUGGGGGGUGACCUCGGGGGAGGUGGCGGCCUCGGUGGUGGCGCUGGGCUCGGUGGAGGAUUCGGUGGCGGUGCUGGGCUUGGUGGAGGAAGUGGCCUGCCGGGUUUCGGCGGCGGUGCUGGGCUUGGUGGAGGUCUCGGUGGCGGCGUCGGAGGUGGUGCCGGAGACCUCCCGCUUCCGUGAAGAGAGCGGGCGCGCACGUUUGAAGAAGGAGUUGGUGGUGGUUUUAAUUAAUUAAUUACUGUAUUUGGGUCUAAUUGUUAAGGUUUAGAUGUGUGUGUUUGCUGAGUCAUGUUUGGAAGGCGUUUAAUUUGUUAUGUCAGAUUAAUUAUGGGCUGUUUUCUUGUGUCUGCACUUCGUUAAUUCCAUCAUCGACCAGUUGUUGUAGUUGAGCUACUAUUAUGGCUAGCUUGUUCAAUUCCAUUAU